AUGUUGAAGAUGGUGCGCACAAAUUCAAAUAUACCUUACCUGAUACGAUUGGCAAAAAAGCGAAAAAUUAAGUGUUGGGUCCGUCUUGAGGGCAAGCGUGAAACUGUAGAACAAAACAUACACGAUUUGAAAAAAACUGCUAUUCAAAACUUCAGCGCUCUCAAAGGUCUUGACCCGCCGGAAGACCUCAAAGUCUUUGCCCACGAGUAUUUCACCAAACCGCUCAAGCCUGACACAUUCCUUAGUUCGCCUGGCACAACUGCCGCGUCCUCACUUGUAAUAUUACACUACUUCUGA